CAAUCCGAUACAUUACAAAUCUCUCCCAAUCCUGAGCCAAGCCAAACAGGUUGAGCCCAUAGGCAGAAGAUUCAUCGACGGUGCGCCACUCUGCCCUUGCUGUAUAAUAAACGUCGGGCACUGCGAGUACAUACGGUAACGCCCAAGAAAAAUUUGGCAGAGAAGGAAGCAAAGCUGUACGGCGACCUGAGCAGGAAUCAGAAGCGCGGUUAAAGAAGCCCGAAAAAAUAGCAGACCAUUUGCAAAAACAAGCACCACCCGGAAGCGCCAAAGCGAAACGAGAAGCUGGUUCGAUACGAGGAAGCGAAGCGAAAGCCAAGGAAGAACACGUAGAAUAAAUAUGGCGGAAGUGAAGCAAGAGAUGGAGGCUUCUGCCACGGAUACCAGUGCUAGUGCUACAGACAGUACACCUAUCAACACAGGCUCUGCAGAAAUGACGAAGGAGGUAUCCAUGCAAUCUACGACGGAAACACUGGCGGCAGAGCUAUCCAGCAACGACUCUGAUACCAGGGCGGGAGGCUCCAGUGGAGGCAAGAAGAGGAAGAAACGGCCAACCGGUGUGUUCAAAUGCGACCACGAAGGAUGCGACAAAGCCUUUACCAGAGCGGAACAUCUAUCACGGCAUAAGCUAAACCACAACCCAACGGUCAUUUACAAGUGUCCAUGGGACAACUGUUCGAAAUCCUUUGUGAGAAGUGAUCUACGUGAACGGCAUGUCAAAAGACAUGAGCUGAGAAAGAUGAAGGAUGAGGCGAAAGCGGUAUCUGCAGCGCUAAACGGUACGAAGAGACGCAGAGUUAAGAAAGUUGUAGAACGGCCUGUUUCAUCACAACCAAUGACACCAGAUCCAUCGAUCACAUCUAUUCAAGGACAUGUACCGAUAUCGGUUCCCCAUGUGAACGGUCAUAAUACAAAUACAGCCACAAUGGAUAAUGGACUUGGUGCGAACAAGAAACCUCUGAUCAACUCUCUUGAUUCCAUCAUCCUGCCAAAUAUGGAUGAUCAAAGCCCAAUAAGUUUGCACAGGUAUGAUCAUAACACGGCUCAUGUGAGUGCAGCAAGGGAUGAGGCAAAUGCACUACAGCACGAUCUAUCAAAGACGGCCCCGGACUCCUUCAUAAAUCAUCCACAGUUGCUUCCGAGACACAAUCACCAACCCUUGGUACCACAAUCGGCACCUAGUCCUGCCAGACUGAUCAACUGGUUCUUCGAUGAACACACCGUUGCUGAUACAAAUUUGGCAGAUUCAGUUCCACACAUGUCGCACGGUAACUUUUUCAACCCGGAGGAUGAUCCAUUUGGGUUGUCAUCUGAUCUCAUGAAUGACAUCCUUGUAAUGCCACCAAACUUCCCAUCUCCUACUCAACAGACAGAUAUUACCAAGGAUAUCACCAAAAAAAUUGUGCAAAUGAUACCAGAACUCGCUGGUCAUGAGCAUUUAUCUCAGAUACAUGAAUUCUUGGAGUCGUAUUGGGCUUGUUUUCAUACACAGUUCCCAAUAUUGCACAAGCCAUCCUUCAAUACCCAUACUUGUCCAACAAUCUUGCUUCUCAGCAUGAUCAUGAUUGGAGCAAGCUACUAUACAUCACAUCCGUCAAGAAGACUAAUCACCAACCCAAGGACCUUUGGGGAUUUGAUUGCAACACCAUUGAGAAACAUUAUCUUUUCUAGUCACGAAUUUCAACCUCCUGCACCGGUUUGGAUAAUUCAGAGCUUACUGAUGCUCGAACAUUAUGAAAGGUUCACCACAAACAGAGUUCUCCAUGAGAGAGCCUUUGUACAUCAUGGAACCACGAUCCAAUUGCUAAGGAGAUCUCCUGGAUUUGGAGGCAAUCCAUUGAAUAACAAGACAGAAUAUGAAAAGAAUCAAGGCUUGACCAUUUGGGAGAAAUGGAUCGAAUAUGAACAAUUGAAGAGAACUGCGCUCUAUGCUUUUUAUAUUGACUCGUCCCAUUCAAUGGUUUUCGGUUAUCAAUUGAUGCUCUCAACGCAUCAGAUCCAAAUGAGAUUACCUUGUGAUGAAGAACUCUGGGAAUCGUACCUAACACCAAAAGAGAUACCUUCCAAGAGCGAGCAGUUACCAUUCACAUCUGCUCUGAAGAAACUUAUCAACAGAGAAUACGUCCAAACUAGUCGUUUCGGUAAGAAGUUGUUACUUUCAGGAUUACUCUCCAUAAUGUUCCAGAUGCAGCAACGUGCCAUCCAAGGAACACUCUUGGAGAUGGAGGAUAUCAGGGAUACAUGGCAAGAGUCAUUAUCAUUUGCAUUCGAUUAUUGGAAUUGUGAGAUUAUGAACGGAUGUUGUUCCUCUUCAUGUAUUUAUUGGAAGGACCCAGACCAAUCUCAAUUACCGCUGUCAUUACGUCAAGAUGAUACAAGGUGUAAAUUUCCAGUAUAUCACAUGGCGCAGAUAACGUUGCGGAUUCAGCACUAUGAUUAUUAUAUUUAUUCUGGAGCACCCUGGAGAAUGAACGUUGAAGCAGAGGCAUCGGAUUAUGAGCUUGUGGAGAAGAAGAUCAAGGAAUGGUCAUCAUCUCACAGUGGACGUGUUUCUGUUGUCUACGCCUAUAUGUUUCUCUUUGAAGUGUUUUUAUCUCCACAGGACUGUUCUACGCCAUAUGAGUACAAGUUUCACAGUGAUGACGAUGCAAUUCAUGAACGACUCAACGUGUUGGCACUUGUCGUGAUUCUAAUCUGGGCCUACAACUAUUCAGUGGAAGGUCCCGAGAGUAAAAUCCUCUUGUAUAAUCCAUCGGCAACUAACCUCGUGUGUAAAGAGACCGGCAUUGAGUAUCUGAGAAGAAUUCGGAAUGAUAUGAGUCAACUUGUUGGUGCCAAGGUGCACCUUUCCACACCGAGGGAGACACUAAAGUAUCACAAUACUAUGAUUGAAAUAGCUACAAAGUUGACACGAAUUCAGAACAAGCAUCAUAUGACUGGUCUUUUACUGAUGAUUUCGAAAUUAUUCGAGGAGAACUACUGGGAAGUUGGUGGUGAAUUCUCCAGGCUGGUGAAGAACUGCUUUAAGCGAAGCUUUGGUAGUCCAAAAAUCCGUUGUGAUGACAUGUACAUAAGCUCUGCCCAUAGAGCUUGAUGGAAGAGUUGGUACAAUUUCUCUUGUGUUUAAUCAAUAAAAUGAAGUUUACGAUUA